AUGGAAGACGACCGGUGUACAUCGCAUGUUUUGCUUUGCUCACCGUUUGCUGUAUCUGGUGUGGGUUUGCCCAAUCCUAUGAGAGCGAACUUGCGGCGAGACUUCUCCUCGGUAUUGGAGCAGGAGCUCGUCGCUUCUCUGACAAUCACGGAUAUAUUCUUUCUCCACCAGAGAGGAAAGGUCAUGGGUAUCUAUAACUGCACGCUCUCCUUGGGUGGAGCCUUCGGCUUAGUUGUUUUCGGCAUGACCCUUAAGACCCAGGACUGGCGCGUAAUAUAUUGGAUUGCAGCCGCUCUCGCUGGCUUCUGCACCCUCGUGAUGCUGUUCACCAUCCCUGAAACCAAUUACAAUCGAGUUAAUACUGUCCCCCGGGCAGUUCCCAUCCAUACAGCUGCCCCCCCUAUGAGCGGUGCGUCGAUAGACGUCAAGGUUUCGAAACCUGAGGACGAGGAUCGUCUGCAGGAACUCGAGGAGCUUCCCAGUGUUCCUCAGCCAACCACUUCCAAGAGAAAACCAUAUUUACAGCGCAUGAAGAUUUUGUCCCCUGCUGGUUUUACUUAUCUUGCCCGGGGUCCUCUGGGCUACCUAAUUAACUCGGUCACCAUCGGCAUGGUUGUCGUCCUCUCUUCGAAUUUCUCAACUGCAUUUCAGACAAUCUACGGGUUUACAGCCUGGCAAGCAGGUCUUACCUUCGUCUCGAACAUAAUCGCCGCGAUACUUGCUAUUUUUUUCGCUGGACAUUUCUCGGACUGGGUCGCCGAUAUGUUGACCCAGAGAAAUGGCGGCGUACGGAUCCCAGAGAUGCGUUUACCAGCACGUGCCGUUAGUGCGGUAACGGGUCCGUUAGCCUGUAUCUUGUACGGAGUCGGAUUUGGAGAACAUCUCCAUUGGAUAUGCCCGGUGAUAGGAAUCGGAUUAGUCGCCUUCACUAUCGUACAAUCUAUGAAUGUUUCUUUGGUCUAUAUCUUGGACUCUUACCACCCCAUCGCGGGUGAAGUGAUAGUCACGCAGUCGACUUUUAAAGCUUGUUUCAGUUUCCUUUUGAGUUUUUAUACCGAUCCCUGGGUCGAGAAAGACGGAUACCUUGGAGCAUUUGGUGCUAUGGGAGGUAUCGUUGGCGCCAUUCUCCUAGGUUUCAUCCCUUUCUUCCUCUACGGCGACCGCCUCCGACGGGCGUCUUGGAAAUGGCCCGUGAUCCGAAAAAUGGCACACUGGUCGGAGGAUCGGGAAGUUGGCGAGUAA